GUUUUAAAAAAAACUUUAAACUGUUGCAUGUUGGGAGCUCAGGGGACCGCACUACCCCCCCGUGGUCCACCAGUUUCAUCACUGUGCGCUGUAGUUUCCACAGCAGCCACUAAUGAACGCUAAUGUUUCUGACACAAAGGCGACCACUAAUGAGGUGAGCCGCUUCCUAACAAAACACUUAUCAACACUUUCUGAUGGUAAUUAGCCCUCUGGGAGCACAGACAGAGGCCCAGUAAUAGAUGUUUACCAGAGCUCAGAGGACAGGAGUAAUGAAAGCUCCAGGGAUCCAUGGGGACUCGCUCCACUAACAAGUGUGACAAACUUCUGGCUGCCAAUUACAUGAUGUACAACAUAGUAAACUUUGGUCCACAGUAAGAAAACUCAUCAACCACUGACCUAAACAAUGUCGAUGAACCUUAACUUUCCUCUAGUGCCAUCGUUUGCCAUUUGAGUAGAGCCCAUAAUGCAUAUUACCAUCUAACAGCCAGACUCACAGAGCACACAGUUUAUUUUAAUGAAUCCAUAAAACAUAUACGACCUUGAUUUUGUCAAGUGUACUCUGAGAAAACGACCUACAGAGCGUCAAACAGAAGAAAAGGCUGGAAACACAUGUGUGUUUUUUUAAAAUAAAAAACACCAGAAAACCAGCAAAACACACCAAAAAUACUCUAAAGAUAAAGGUUAUGUGUAGAAGACCAUGAUUUUGGGAUAUCCAUGUGUUUUGUGUCUCAUACAGAUUAAAAGACAUGAGACUGUCUAAUGUAGCACAAAGACCGGCAGCUUUUCAUGGAGUGCCCCCCUGCUGCCAGGCUUUAUGCUAUGCUGGGCUAAACACAGUCAUACUGAACACACAGGAAAAGAUGAGGACUUCCAGAAAUCUGUUCUUUCAUAUCAGUCAUGCAGGGUUUGGUUUGUGGAAGAAAUAUUUAAAAUAAAUCAGUGUACUGUGACAAGAGCAUCAUUGUUAUUUGUCACUAAAACACCAACUCACAACUGGAGGUCUGAAGAAAGACCAUAGAAACAAAAGGCCCUGCUGCAGGCCGGAGUCUCUCCUGAGAGAGAGUACUUCCCUGUCCGUCGCUCCCUGAACGCCUCACUGCUGUUUUAUUAACUGCUGGUCACUGAGGCCCCUGGGAGCUGUGAGGCCUCCAGGACCCUCAUUAGGGCCUGGUAAUAACACAGGUAACAAGGACCACAAUACACACAUGCACAAGGCAGUGUGGGCUUUAACACACAUUAACACUGUGUAAUUAAUUUCACAGCCUGGUGCACCACAGUGUGAAAAAAUCAUUAUCAGUGAUGAAUGAUUUCAUAAUUGGAGUGAAUAUAGCAGUCACAGCCCUAAUGUAUUUAGCAUCACCUACGCUCCACAUUUAUUAACUAGUACUUACAAAUGCCUGUAAUCUUCUCUGAUUUAUUUGUCUCUACAAACAUAUAUCAAACAACAUGUUGCCUCUAAGUUGCUCCUUUAAUGUGGAAACUACUCAAACAUUCUGGUCAUUGAGAAACUUUCAUUCUGGGGUCUCCUCUCCCUUCACUGACGUACCAGGUUUGUCAUCAAAUGUUAUUCUAGGACAUCAUAAUUUACAAAUUAGGCAUUGAUUGUAACCACAAAAAUGUCAUCCUUGAGUCCCAUUGGAUGUUUGUGCUAAAUUUGAAGAAAUUCCCUCAAGGUGUUCCUGAGAUAUCGCGUUCGCGAGAAUGGGCCGGAGAGACGGCCAUAUGGACGGAUGCAAAGAUGGACAGCCAACCAGACAAAAUGAAGCCUCCAGCCUUGGCACGGAGGCUUAAAUAUUCAUGGAUCAUAAGUUAACAAAGAAAGGUCAGUUGCUGAAAAGCCAGAGUGUGAAGCUAAGAUGAAGUCCUGCCUUUAUCGGACUGAACCUGACUGAGCAGAGCCGAAUCUGAUUCAUGUCUUCAGCAGAUCUGUCUCCAUCCAGCCAUCUAUCAUCUGUCUGUGCUGAGGAGAAAUGGAGCUUUGGCCGCUUCAGGUCUCACUUGAAAGCCCCAGAGAUUCAGACCCACCCUUGUCGACCAGUCACAGAUCCAGCUCUGUUAACGGCACCAGGGAGCCUGACGGUGUCACCUUCUUCAUCAUCCAGGGCCUCUCCAGCCUCGGCGACAGACCGAUGAUCCUGUUUGUCAUUCUGUUGCUGGGUUACGUCAUCAUCCUGGGAGGCAAUAGCAUAAUCAUGUUUGUGACACUGACUGAUCCAAAGCUCCACUCUCCCAUGUAUUUCUUCCUCUGCCAACUCUCCUUUGUGGACAUAGUCUACACCACCUCCACCAUCCCCAAAAUGCUGGCUGGCUUCCUGUCAGAAGUGUCAGUCAUCUCAGUCCCAGGCUACUUCCUCCAGAUGCAUUUCUUCAAUCAGCUAAGUGGUACUGGUCAUUCCAUCCUGACUGUCAUGGCGUAUGACCGUUAUGUGGCCAUCUGCCACCCUCUGCACUACACCUCCAUCAUGACCCGACGUGUCCAGAUGCUCCUUAUAGCAGGAGCCUGGGGCUUCAGCACCUUCUGCCCACUCCCGGUGACCACCAUUGCCUUACUCCGACCAUACUGCGGUCCAAAUGUGGUCAAACAUGGCUGGUGUGACUUCUCAUCUGUAAGGCGGCUGGUCUGUGCUGACACCUCAGUGGAUAACAUUGUGUCUCUUUUCUUUGCCACAUUGUCUCUACUGAUCCCAGGAGUCCUCAUCCUGACUUCCUAUAUCUUCAUUGGCAUUUCCAUAUCAAAGAUGGGUGCUGGUCAGAGGUUGAAGGCCUUCAGGACAUGUGCUGCUCACCUGACUGUGGUGUCCAUCUCGUUCACCUCCGCUGCCUUUGUAUACAUUUCGUACAGAGUGACAAACUUUUCACCAGAGGUUCGUAUCAUUGUAGCUGUGCUGUACGCUGCCCUGACUCCUUUCCUGAACCCAGUGAUCUAUAGUCUGAGGAACAAGGAGCUGCAAGAGUCCAUCAGAAGGACACUGGUCAGGUUCAGGCCUGCUACUGUUUUAGCAUCCUGACUGGGAAACCUGCCCUUCUACUAACUGGACACAAGAGAAAAGGCACCUGAGUAAUCAGGCAGCUUAAAUUCCAUCUGAGACUAAAACAUGAUGUUUAUUUCAAUCAUACUGAAAACCUCCUACUUAUUAUGUAUGUUUAAGAUAAAUGUUAAACAUAUUUAAGAUUUAAAAGUACACUUUUUUGUUCUAUACCAUAAGAAAACAUACCAACACAUUCUGCACAACACAGCACAGGAUAUUAAAGUUGUGUCCAAUAUCUGUUUUACCCAGUUUGAUUUCAACAUACCCCAGAUUUUCUCAAGUAUAUUGUUUCUAUUGUACCAAUUCUGUAAGGCUUUAUAUAACUCACUAGUAAAACAUUUUGCUGUAUCUAAGCUGAGCAGUAUCCUCAGUAAUCACAUCCAUCCAUCCAUUCUCUAUACUCCUUAUCCUAACAAGCAUUGUCGGGGGGCUGGAACCAAUUUCUCACUACUCCCCUAUCUUGUAAUUGUUUCCAAAUCAACUUGUAGUGAUAAAGAACAGAUCCAUGGAGGCAUUGGGCCACAGUUAAAUUUUGAUGCCUGCAGUUUGGUCUUUUGCCACGACGGGGGCGACUGUGGUCAGUGGGUAGAGCAGUCGUUUGCCCCCCGGAGGGUUGGUGGUUUGAAUCACGGUGC